AAAACCUUCCUAUUGCCAAUGGGAAUUCAGAUUACUCUUCUGAUAAUUUUGUUACUGUUGUCUGGUCUAUUUAGUGGCUUAAAUUUAGGCCUUAUGGCAUUAGACAAGACCGAAUUACAAAUUAUUGAAAAAUGUGGAUCUGCCAGUGAAAAGAAAUAUGCAAAAAUCAUUGAACCUUUGAGAAGUCGUGGAAAUUUUUUAUUAUGUACAUUGCUACUUGGAAAUGUUCUUGUGAACAAUACAUUAACUAUUUUACUUGAUGAUUUAUCAAAUGGUUUGUUAGCUGUUAUUAUGUCAACUAUGGGUAUUGUUAUAUUUGGUGAAAUUAUUCCACAAGCCAUUUGUUCAAGACAUGGCUUGGCUAUUGGAGCAAGAACAGUUUAUCUGACCAAAUUUUUUAUGAUUGUUACUUUUCCUUUAUCAUUUCCAAUAAGUUUGAUAUUAGACAAAGUUUUAGGUGAAGAGAUUGGUCAAGUUUAUGACAAGGAAAAGUUACAAGAAUUGAUUCGUAUGACUGCUGAUAAUAAAGUUCUUCAAAAUGAUGAGGCCAACAUCAUUGCAGGAGCUCUUCAACUUGCAAACAAAGUCGUGACAGAUGUUAUGACUAAAAUUGACGAUGUUUACAUGUUAGAUAUUAAUACGACAUUGGAUUUUGAAACCAUGUCUGAAAUUUUAAAACAUGGCUACACUCGUAUCCCUGUAUUCGAUGGGGAAAAAAGUCAUAUUGUGAAUCUAUUAAAUACUAAAGAGUUAGCUCUCAUUGAUCCUGAUGAUAAUACUGCUUUAAAAACUGUGUGUCAAUUCUAUGACCAUCGUCCAUUAUUUGUGGAUGAAGACUAUAAGUUAGAUGCGAUGCUGCAAGAUUUCCUUCAAGGUAAG